CGAGUCACGGAUUCACAUAGAAUUUUUCAACCCACCAAUCCUUUUGAAUAGUUUAUGCAUUUCACUGUCUAUAAAAACCAGUUGGGAGUGCAAUGAAGCGCCUCGGAGAAGCCCAGAAGAUGGGGACUCGAAAAAUGACUGCUUCUCUCUUCAUUUGCAUGGUUCUGGUAUCUUCAGCCUUCCCAGCACUAGGGUGUAGUUCAUGUUCAGACCCCGACCCAUGCCACGGCCACAACCGUAAGACGCUUCCACCAAGUCACUGUCAGCCCGGCGGUGGUGGUGGUUGGUAUCCAAGCAAUCCACCCUAUGGUGGUGGGGGGAGUGGCGGUGGUGGCAGCAACUGCGAUGGUAGUGGCGGCGGAUGUAUGCCGCCACCAUCAUCGACAGCUCCAACGUGCCCUGUUAAUGCGCUGAAAUUAGGUGCGUGUGUGGAUGUGCUCGGCGGGUUGGUGCACGUCGGGCUUGGGGACCCUGCGGAGAACGCCUGCUGCCCGCUGCUGCAAGGACUGGUGGAGCUUGAGGCUGCCGCUUGCCUCUGCACCACGCUCAGGCUCAAGGUUCUGAACCUCAACAUCUACCUUCCUCUUGCCCUUCAGCUUCUCAUAACCUGCGGGAAGACUCCUCCUCCUGGCUUCAUCUGCCCUCCUUGAUCGGUUCCGUCGCAGUUCGCCAUUGUUGCUCUUGCUUGAUUUUUCUCGUUUCUUGUCUUGUUUGGUCGUUGGGAUGUUGGUUUGGUAGCAUUAUGCAUUUUAACAUCUAAAUUCUUGGGGUUGUUUUUCUGGUUUAUGGACGGCGGCUUGGAUGGUUUCUUGUGGGUUCUGCUUAGUUGUUGUAAACUGGGUCUCAGUCCGAGGCACAAGUGAGCUUUCAUUUUUCAGCUUCAAUGAGAGUAAAAAAAAGUUGUUCUUAA